GUUCUGGAGAGAGAGAACCGCUGCUGCUCAGCUGUCUCAGCAGAAACAGGGACACUGUGGAAUCCAAUUAUAGAUGACUUUAAUCUGACUCAGGAUGAAAGCAGUGUUUAGCUUCUUAUUCCUUUGGCUGAUCCUCUUGCUGCUGGAGAGCUCAUCGUGUGCUCGUGAGUCAAGCGUUGUGAAUCCUUGCUGUUACUACCCUUGUCAGAACUCAGGAGUGUGUGUGCGGUUUGGAGAAAAUCUCUUUAAAUGCGACUGCACACACACUGGCUUCUAUGGAGACAACUGCACUGUUGCGGAGUUUGGGACAAGAGUUCGUCUCAUGAUGAAGCCAAACCCGACGAAGAUCAACUUCUUCCUUACUCAUUUCCAUUGGUUCUGGGACAUGGUCAACAACUCUUUCCUUAGAGACGUAUUCAUGAGAUUAGUGCUGACAGUCAGAAGUUCCCUUAUUCCAAGCCCUCCGACAUAUAAUUCCAAAUAUGGAUACAUCAGCUGGGAGUCGUACUACAACACCUCCUACUACACCCGGAUCCUUCCUCCUGUACCUGAGGACUGCCCUUUGCCCAUGGGCACUAAAGGGAAAGCUGUUCUCCCUGAACCCAGACAGUUGGUCAAGAGAUUUUUCAGAAGAAAGAAGUUCAGACCAGACCCCCAGGGAACCAACCUGAUGUUUGCCUUUAUGGCUCAACACUUCACACACCAGUUUUUCAAGACAGACCAUGAAACACAAGGAGGUUUCACCAAAGCUUUAGGACAUGGGGUAGACGCAAGCAACAUCUAUGGAGACAACCUUGUGAGACAGCAUCAACUUCGCCUUCAUGUCGAUGGAAAACUGAAAUAUCAGCUGAUAAAUGGGGAAAUAUUCCCUCCUACAACAGAAAAGGUCCCUGUGUACAUGCAGUACCCUGAAAGUGUGCCCCCUGAGCACCGCCUGGCCAUCGGCCACGAAUCCUUUGGCCUCCUGCCGGGUCUCACCAUGUACGCCACCAUCUGGCUGAGGGAGCACAACAGAGUGUGUGACAUCCUGAAGGCUGAGCAUCCCACCUGGGAUGAUGAGCAGCUCUUCCAGACCACUCGACUCAUUGUCAUCGGUGAGACCAUAAAGAUCAUCAUAGAGGAGUACGUGCAGCAGCUAAGUGGCUACAGACUGAAGCUGAAGUUCAAUCCAACGCUGCUUUUCCAGGAGCGUUUCCAGUACAGUAAUCGCAUCGCCCUGGAGUUCAGCCACCUCUACCGCUGGCACCCGCUGAUGCCCGACAGCUUUCUCAUUGACGGCACAGAAUUCACCUACUCACAGUUUUUGUACAAUACCUCCAUCCUCACGCACUACGGUGUUGAGAAACUGGCGGAAGCUUUUUCUCUGCAGCCUGCAGGACAGAUUGGAGGAGGUCGCAACUCCCAUGAAUCAGUGCUUAUUGUGUCGGAGAAGGUCCUUGAAGAGUCCAGAGCUACUCGCAUGCAGCCUUUCAAUGAAUACAGGAAGAAGUUUAAUCUGCCCCCAUACAGAUCUUUUUCCGAGUUCACUGAUGAUGAGGACAUGGCUCAAGGUUUAGAGGAGCUGUACGGAGACAUAGACGCUCUGGAGUUUUACCCUGGCAUGCUGCUGGAGAAGCCUCCUCCUGGAAAAAUAUUUGGACAGAGCAUGAUAGAGAUGGGAGCCCCCUUCUCCCUGAAGGGCCUGCUGGGAAACCCCAUUUGUUCCCCUGAUUACUGGAAGCCCAGCACCUUUGGAGGAGAGACCGGCUUUGAAAUCGUCAAAACGUCCACUCUGAAGAAGCUGGUGUGUCUCAACACGAAGUGGUGUCCCUUUGUUGACUUCCACGUCCCUCCUGUUGAGGAGCCUGGAGAACAGAGAACUCAGUCCACUGAGCUCUGAUCACCUGUUAAUUGCGCCUCAAAAAUCUGCCUUUAUUAUCACAACAGGGCUUCAAUUCGUAUAAAUCCUGCUUGCAGCCAAUGAGGUCCUGCACAUGUUAGCAGGUCCACCUCAAGAUCAUUUGGUUAACGGGCGUGUUAACAAUUGAUGCUUUAAAAGACAUCAUCUCUAAAGCUUGAAAAAAAGAUACAAAUUUUCACUGCAUUGUCACUUAACAUGGCAGCUGUGUGACUCGGUGCAUUAUUAAA